AUGAUCCUCCUUCUUCUCGGUCUAUUUACCUUCGUCUGGGUCAUUCUGACUCCGAUCUUGCGCUACUUCUACGACGCCAAAGAUUUACGAAAAUACCCCAAUCAAAACUUCCUCUCUGGUCUCACCAGUCUCGCCUACGUAUGGGAGCGACGGAACAACUUUCGCACGAGAAAGCUGUAUCACGACCACCAGCAACAUCCCAUCAUCCGCCUUGGUCCCACCGUCCUUUCCUUUGGCGACGUGGGAGCCAUUCAAGACAUAUACGGACACGGCACCCUUUGUCUCAAGGAUGACGUCUACCGGUCAAUCCAGGGAGACUCUCCUCAAAUCCUCAACGUGGUCGAUAAAGAGGACCAUGCUCGCAAGCGUCGGAUGCUCUCGAAUGCAUUCGCCGCGAAAAGUCUCGAGCACUGGGAAUUCAAAAUCGCAGACAAGGUCAAGAAACUCGUGGCGCAGUUUGAUUGGAGAUGCACCGAUCCUCUCGAUGGACAUCCAGUCGAUGCGAAAGAUCUCACCAUCAACUUUCGCUUCUGGUCCAAUCUCUUCACGCUAGAUGCCAUUGCCGAUAUCGCUUUGAGUGAACGCCUUGGUCUGCUCGAAUCGGGCUCUGACUUACUCACGAUCAGUCAAGGUCGCCAUUUAAAAAACUUCCAUUUUCUCGAAAGCCUUCACUGUGGGAGUCGAGCGGUUUCUCGCUUUGUGGGUGCUACCGACUGGUUUCCCAUUUUGAAGGCUGCAUCUCGCCUCUUCUACGCCCAUUUCCGUGCUCAUGGGAAUGACUUUGGCGAGAUUGUUGAGAAGUUGGCCAAGAGAAGAAUAGAAAAAUAUCGGGCGGGUGCCAAAUUAAACGACUUCUUUGCAUGUCUGAUCGAAGACAAAGCGGGAAAUCAACGCAACUUGGAUCGUGCUGAGAUAGAAGCCGAGACCAAUAUUCUCCUCGAUGCUGGUUCGGACACCACCGCAAUCGCCCUGACGCACGUGCUGUACCAUCUGAUCAAGAAUCCAGCGACUCUCGCAAAACUUCGAGAGGAAGUAUCAGAUUCUCUUUCGGGAGAAUCAAUUGCCCCCUUUAGCAAAGUCAAGAGCCUGCCAUACCUGCGCGCAUGUCUAGAUGAGUCGCUUCGUCUCACUCCUCCUCUUCCACGGGGACUGGAGCGCAAGACUCCCCCACAGGGCAUGGAGAUACUCGGUAAACCCAUAGCAGGGGGUAUCACCGUUUCAGUCCCCACCUUUCUUGCUCAUCGUGACCCAACCCUUUUCCCCGAGCCGGAAAGAUACUCGCCGGAGAGAUGGCUCGAUGCGUCAGACACCUCCAAGGAAAUGAGAGCUGCUUUCAUCCCGUUUAGCUCAGGAGGCCGAGCCUGCAUCGGGAGAAAUAUCACGAUAAUGGAGCAGCAAAUCUUAGUGGCAACGCUGGUGCAUAGGUAUGACUUUGCAUUGCCAUCCGACAGGUGGGAGCUGGAUUGGGAGGAGGCCUUUAAUCUUUGGCCUUGUCAGAUGCCUAUCAAAAUUUGGAGACGAGAGGUUGAUCUAAAUUCUGAAGCCUAA